GGUGUUUUCCAACGUAUAGCUUAUUUUUUUUUCUCUAUAUAUAUGGGAACAUAAUCAUUUUGUUGAGAUAUAAAUUGACAUAUAAAUUAAUUAAGCCUUCUGGUCAUCUAUAAUAUACAUUAAUUAUGGCAAGAUUUGCCAUUUGGUUUGCAAUUCUUUUAGUUACUGCUUCGAUAUCACUGAGCUUUGCUGCCGUAGUGGAACAUUCUUUCAAUGUGGAAGACGUGAGUGUAAGGAAGCUAUGUCGUAACCAAGUGAUAACAGCAGUAAAUAAUAGCUUGCCUGGCCCAACCAUAAAAGUGAAUGAGGGCGAUACCCUUGUCGUCCAUGUCUCUAACAAAUCUCCAUACGACGUUACUAUUCACUGGCAUGGAAUAUUGCAAUUUCUGAGUGCUUGGGCAGAUGGACCAGCAUAUGCAACUCAAUGUCCCAUAAAGCCAGGACAGAGCUACACCUACAGAUUCAACAUCACCGGCCAAGAGGGAACCCUAUGGUGGCAUGCACACGUCGGCUGGCUGCGAGCCACCGUCUACGGUGCCCUUAUCAUCCACCCCAAAUCUGGUCGAUCCUACCCUUUUCCUAAACCCCAUCAAGAAGUACCUAUCUUACUAGGAGAAUGGUGGAAUGCUAAUGUGAUCGAUGUUGAGAACGAAGGUCUUUCCGUUGGGGCAGCUCCUAAUAUCUCUGACGCUUACACAAUCAAUGGAAAACCAGGCAAUCUUUACAACUGCUCUUCAAACGAUAUGUACAAGUUAAAGGUAGAGCAAGGUAGAACUUAUUUGCUAAGGAUAAUCAAUGCUGCACUCAAUAACCAACUCUUUUUCAAGAUAGCCAAUCACAACAUGACAGUUGUAGCAAUUGACGCAGCCUACACUAAUCCAUAUGACACUGAUUACAUUGUCAUUGCUCCCGGUCAAACAACAGACGUUCUUUUCAAAGCUGACCAAUCACUUAGAUCCUAUUACAUGGCCGCCCAUCCAUACAUAACCACUCCUCCUACGGUUGGCUUCGACAACACCACUACAAGGGGUGUUAUCGAAUACAAGGGUGCCACGUCAGACUCAGCUCCAGUGAUGCCGACCUUACCAGAUUUCUUCGACACUCCUAGGGCCCACCAAUUCUACACAAACCUAACUGGGCUCGCUGAUGGGCCCCAGUGGGUCCCGGUACCACUCCACGUGGAUGAAAACAUGUUCGUGACAUUCGGACUUAAUAUAGAGCGAUGCCCCGUGAAUGCCACGUGUCAGGGACCCUUACAAGGGAGAUUCUCUGCGAGCAUGAACAACGAGUCAUUCGUGCUUCCUAACAAAACUUCUAUGCUUGAGGCCUUUUUUGGAAACCAAAGGGAAGGCGUGUACACAACGAAUUUCCCUGACGCGCCUCCAUUGGAGUUUAACUACACGAGUCCGUUGAUUAGUUUGGAUGAGUCUUUGAUCUACGCGCCAAAAUCAACCAAGGUGAAGAAAUUGAGAUUCAAUUCAACGGUGGAGAUGGUUUUACAGAAUACGGCGUUUUUAACAGUGGAGAAUCAUCCAAUUCACGUUCACGGUUUUAACUUCCACGUGUUGGCUCAAGGAUUCGGAAAUUAUGACGCCGUUAAUGACCGUCAAAAAUUCAACCUUGUAAAUCCACAAAUUCGUAAUACCAUCGCUGUCCCUGUUGGAGGUUGGGCUGUGAUUCGGUUCCAAGCUAAUAAUCCAGGUGUAUGGCUAGUACAUUGCCACUUAGAUGUGCAUUUGCCAGUUGGUAUGUCCAUGGCUUUUGAGGUUGAGAAUGGGCCCACUCCAUCAUUAACUCUGCCUCCUCCACCGUCAGAUCUACCCAAAUGUUAAUCUUAAAAGAUCCAAAUUACUUCUACUUUAUUACUUUAAUUGCUAAUCUUAUUUAUGUUACUUCAAAAAUAAAUAUUGUUCAUUUUCUCACUAUUCUUUUAUGUAUAAUGUAUGUUCCUGUUGUAUUGUUUUAAUCAAGUUUGUUAUUUGAAUAAGAAUUGUUUUUUCAUCA